AUGAAAUAUGUGAGAAUUGUCUCUACCCUACCAGGAUUGCCCCUACCCAACCAGAAUUGCCCCUACCCAAUCAGAAUUGCCCCUAUCCAACCAGGAUUGUUCCUACCCAACCAGGAUUGCCCCUACCAACCCAGGAUUGCCCUACCAAACCAGGAUUGCCCCUACCCAGCCAGGAUUGCCCCUACCCAACCAGGAUUGCCCCUACCCAACCAGGAUUUUUCCUACCCAACCAGAAUUGCCCCUACCCAACCAGAAUUGCCCCUACCAAACCAGGAGUGCCCCUACCCAACCAGGAUUGCCCCUACCAAACCAGAAUUGCGCCUACCAAACCAGAAUUGCCCCUAUCAUCCAGGAUUGCCCCUACCCAGCCAGGAUUGCCCCUACCCAACCAGGAUUGCCCCCUACCCAACCAGGAUUGCCCCUAUCCAACAAGGAUUGCCCCUACCCAAACAGGAUUGCCCCUACCCAACCAGGAUUGCCCCUACCCAACAAGGAUUGCCCCUACCCAACAAGGAUUGUCCCUACCCAACAAGGAUUGUCCCUACCAAACCAAGAUUGUCCCUACCCAACCAGGAUUUUUCCUACCAACCCAGGAUUUUCCUACCCAACCAGGAUUGCCCCUACCCAACCAGAAAUGCUCCUACCCAGCCAGGAUUGCCCCUACCCAACCUGGAUUGCCCCUAUCCAACAAGGAUUGUCCCUACCCAACCAGGAUUGCCCCUACCUAACCAGAAAUUGCGCCUACCAACCUGGAUUGCCCCUACCCAACCAGGAUUGCCCCUACCCAACAAGGAUUGUCCCUACCCAACAAGGAUUGUCCCUACCAAACCAGGAUUGCCCCUACCCAACAAGGAUUGUCCCUACCAAACCAGGAUUGCCCCUACCCAACCAGAAUUGCCCCUACCAAACCAGGACUGCCCCUACCCAACCAGGAUUGCCCCUACCAAACCAGAAUUGCCCUACCCAACCAGAAUUGCCCCUAUCAAUCCAGGAUUGCCCCUACCCAGCCAGGAUUGCCCCUACCCAACCAGGAUUGCCCCUACCCAACCAGGAUUGCCCCCUAUCCAACAAGGAUUGCCCUACCCAAACAGGAUUGCCCUACCCAGCCAGGAUUGCCCUACCCAACAAGGAUUGUCCCUACCAACAAGGAUUGUCCCUACCAAACCAGGAUUGUCCCUACCCAACCAGGAUUUUUCCUACCAACACCAGGAUUUUUCCUACCCAACCAGGAUUGCCCCUACCCAACCAGAAAUGCUCCUACCCAACCAGGAUUGCCCCUACCCAACCAGGAUUGCCCCUACCCAACCAGGAUUGCCCUUAUUUUCUAUACACCAUUUAUUCACCUGGAAUGUUCAAUUUUCAAUAAUUCGGUGUGUAUAUGUAUGCUAG